AUGGAAAAACGAGGACGUCGAAGACGCGGUGGUCGCGGGCCUCGUAACCCGCAACAGGACAGGACCCAUCAUCUCGGCCGAUCAACCCAAGAGUUGUCGCGGCCCGACAGCGACUUGUCGGACGCGGUUAUGGAGGUAUCGAAACCCCAGUUAUCGGAACCCGUUCCCGAAGAUACGCCCAGAUUCGCCGAUCUUGCAGGACGGGACCUCAUCCAUCCCGUCCUUAUCCAGACAAUCACAGAAGAUCUAAAAUUUGAUCGAAUGAUGCCUGUUCAGGCUGCAACCCUCACCGAGCUUCUUCCUCCUAACCGCAGCGAUUGUCUCGUGCAGGCCAAGACCGGGACGGGAAAAACCAUCGCGUUCUUGCUUCCUGCUCUGCAAACGAUGAUUUCGAGGAACCGGGGCCCGGACUCCGGUAUCUCGUUGCUCGUUAUCUCACCGACACGUGAGUUGGCGAUGCAGAUCGGCGAGGAGGCUCGCGGUCUCCUCCAGCGCCUGCCCAGAUAUCGCACAUGCAUUGCCAUUGGUGGCACCAGUAAGCAGCGUGAGGAGAAGCAAAUUCUCGGUGGCUGCGAUAUCCUCAUCGCCACCCCCGGUCGUCUUUUGGACCACAUGUCAAAUGAGGAAGUUCAGUUCAAGUUCCGCCAACUGGAUACACUCGUCCUUGACGAGGCCGACCGGCUCCUUGACAUGGGAUUCCUACCUGCUCUCAAGGAUAUUGUUAAGCACUUACCCGACAGGAAGGAGAAGGAGAGGCAAGGAAUGCUGUUCUCGGCCACGCUGGGGUCUCACAUGGACAAGGUGUCUGGCCUCGUGCUUGGACCUGAGCACAAAUUCAUCUCAACUAUUCCGGCCGGCGAAGCUAACACACACGAGCGCGUUCCCCAGUUACUGAUCACAGUCCCCACGUUUUCAUUAGUGGCCCCAGCCAUGGUUGGCUCCGUCUAUGAAGAGAUGGCCCUCGUCGGGAAGGACAUCUUCAAGGCUAUUGUCUUCGCGCCCACCGCUGCGCUUGCUGAUUUCUACGGCAUCAUCUUGAUAUCCCAGAGCAAACGUACCAAGGUUACAAACGAGUACCGGGAUGCCAAGGCGGCCAUUCUCGUUGCCACGGACGUGGUCGCGCGCGGUAUGGAUUUCCCCAACGUCACCACCGUGUUCCAGGUUGGCAUACCUGUUGAAAAGCAGUCUUACAUUCACCGCAUCGGCCGUACUGCCCGAGCUAGUGCUGAGGGCCGCGGUAUCUUUGUCGUUUGCGAAGAUGAGGCCUGGUUCCCGAAGUGGACGCUCAAGGAUAUUUCUUUUGUUGCCCAUAACGCAGAUCUCUCCUCUGCCGACAAAGUUUCCGCCAUUGCCGAAAGGAUUGACGAGAAUGAAAAGGCCAAGAUCUACCAGGCGUGGCUUGGCUACUACAAGAACCACCUCAAAGGUCUUAGAUGGGACAACGUCCAGCUCGUUGCCCAGGGUAAUACGUACGCUAGGGAUGCGCUCUUCGCUCCCGAAACACCACCCAUCGCGAAGAGCAUUGCCGGAAAGAUGGGCCUGCGCGGUACCAAGGGCCUUGUCGUUGUACCGGACCCCCAAAACAAGGUCGUGGUCCUGGCAGAGGGGAUCCUCGGCUCCCUCAUGCCGUCUACCCUCGACUCUGUCAACAAAAGGAUCCUUGUUGAUCCCCAGAUGGCUAGAUAUAGCCACACUGUGGUUGACUUGAGCGAAUUAAACCGUGUCCUUGCCAUCUCUGCCGACAAAAGCACGGCCAUCGUCGAGCCCAAUGUUCCUAUGGAUGCCCUUGUGGCUGAGACGCUCAAGCAUGGUCUGGUCCCUCCAGUCGUCAUGGAAUUCCCUGGUAUUACUGCAGGGGGUGCCUUUUCUGGCACAGGUGGAGAAUCAAGCAGCUUUCGAUGGGGGACGUUUGAUCGGAUUGUAAACAGAAUCGAAAUUGUGCUGGCAAACGGCGAUGUUCUGUGGGCAAGUGAGGACGAAAACUCGGAUCUUUUCACCGGGGCUGCGGGGUCCUUCGGUACUCUCGGCAUCGUUACACUCCUCGAGGUUCAGCUCGUACCGGCCCUGAGCAAGCUUGUUGAGCUCACCUACCAUCCCGUCCAGAGCGUGGGAGAAGCUAACAAAAAGCUCCACGGUUUCUGCGUGACAGACCCAAAAUGGGACUACGUCGAUGGCAUCAUGUUUAGCAAAGAUUCGGGAGUCAUUACUACAGGGAGACUCAUGACCGAGGGCGACGAAAGCCUAGUGACGGCUCGGUAUAUGCGCGCAAGCGAUGAUUGGUAUUACACCAACGUUCAGAUGAAACUCGCCUCGAAGACGGGCGGGUGGGUAGACAUUGUCCCUAUCCAAGACUAUCUCUUCCGUUACGACCGUGGUGCUUUCUGGUGUGGAAAGUAUACGUUUGAAGCUCUUCGCCUGCCGUUUAAUCGCUUUACCCGAUGGCUCAUGGAUGGCUCGAUGCAUACCCGAGAGUUAUUCACUGGGCUUCACGCGACAGAAUCGAUUAUGGAGUGUAUCAUACAAGAUCUGUGUAUCCCAUCAGCCAAAGUGGAAGAUUUUGUCUCUUAUACGAUAGACGAGUUCAACAUCUGGCCAUUGUGGCUGUGCCCAAUUAAGCAAAAUGCCGGGCGAGGACUAUUUCAGUUGUCGCCGGCGCCAUCGACCGCGGGCCCGGAAUCGCUAGCAAAUCUAUGGAUCAAUGUCGGCUUAUGGGGGUUGGCACCACCUAACAUUGAAGAGGCCAUCGCCGCGAACCGAAGACUAGAGAAUUUUAACCCCGCGCCCAAGUCGAGAAGCCGACGGUCGGAACCGAACUAA